UCGUGUUGCCAUUUACGAUUGUUCGGGCUUUCGUUUGCAACUACUCCGUUCUUCAUCAACUCUGCUGGCCUCAACCGUUCGUUCAGUGUUCAUGUACCAUCCUCGUAUUACACCAACAGCGCAGCCCCCCUGGUCUUUGCUUUUCAUGGUCGCAGCGAGACGCCUACGAGUAUUGAAGGAUACUCUGGCUUCUCCAGCGAAGCUGUAAACCCAUAUGGCAUUGUCGUAUACCCCUUGGGAGUUGUAGCAAAUGGUUCGGGGUACCCAGAGUGGCAAAGUGAUCUAGACACCGUUGAUCGAACUCCUUACGUGGACGAUCAGACAUUUGUACAAGAUCUCCUCGUGCACAUGACAUCGAAUUAUUGCAUCGACACUAGUCGCAUCCUUGCCAGUGGUUUCUCUAAUGGCGGCGGCCUUGUGGGAGUGCUGGCCUGCGACUCUUCUCUAUCAACCCAAUUCAUUGCCUUUGCCGUCAACGCUGGUGCUCAAUACACUAAUGAUAGCUAUACUGCUGGCUGUCCCCGGUCUGGCAGUGUCCCAUCGACUGUUCUGACAAACACUCUGGUACAGCCUGUGUGUUCUCCAGGCAGAAGAAACAUCCCAAUUCUGGAGUUCCAUGGUGAUGCAGAUGGCACGGUUUCCUACGAUGGAGGACCGCGUCGUGGUUAUUGUCUUCCUACAAUUCCUCACUGGAUCUCUGACUGGUCGGUCCGAAACGGCAUGUCCAAUGCCAGCGUUGCCACACCUCUUUCAAACGGCCAAGUUACC